GCCAAAGUCGAUCAGUAGUUUUCGAGCAAGUGCCGAGUGCAAAUGGCGUAUGAUGAGCCGGUGUUGAACGUGUGGUGCACAUCGUUCGUGUCCGUCAUCGACUCAUUUCGUUUGUGUUUACAGCAACGACACGUUUGACAGGACAGCAAUCAGGUGGUGGGGUGUCCGUACUCGAGUAGUGGUGUGUGUGUGUGUGUGUGUGUCUCUCUCUGUUUUGCCUUCGUCGAUUGUUGGCCGAGUGAGCCAUCGAAAUCGGGGUGUCGUUUGUGUUGUGAGUGAGCGGCGUGGUGGUGGGGGGAAACGGGAUCAAAGAUGGCCGCAGCGCGGUGGACAUCUCCGUCCCUGACGUCGGGCAAGAGUGAGAAAUUCGAGCACACGAAACUGGACGAAACGACCGAGUCGUUGAGCUUGUUGUCCAUUUUGCGGGCGUUCGAUAGUCCGGUGACUGAAGAACGGGCCUGGGCCAUCCUCUACCAGUCGGCCAAAACGGCCCUGCAGUGUUUCACUAGUGCCAAUGCUGCUGCGUCGUCGAGUCAUCACAACAACACGACAACGACCAACAGCACGACCAACAUUCACAAUCUAACGGAUAACAGUGAUCAAGUCAAGUGUGCCGUCGUCGGCGAAACGUCACAGCUUUGGAUUCAUCGAGAUGGCCAUGUUCAUCCUCAUUCGUUCCAGGUGGCCGCCGAUUCCAUCGAAGCUGAAAGGCGGACGGUAGCCGAGUGUCAAUCACAGUUGGUGUCGGGACUGGGCUGGGCUCUCUUCGAGGCGCUGGAUUAUGGCUGCAAACGGGAGGAGCAGAACGUCCUCAGUCCCGAUCUGGAACAAAUGAUCGACUUUUUAACAUCGGCAGAUACGGGCGAAUGCCAAUCGGCCGAGGACGAAGGCAUCGAACAGGAUUCCGGGGAAGUGGAAGAGUCUGCAGCGACGGCGAAUGUCAGCGUCGAGACGACCUCCAACGCCUCCACCUCCUCGUCGGCUGCCGCUGCUGCUGCCGCCGCCACCAUGACGUCAUUGUCUCACGUCAUGGAUCGGUGUCGCAUGCAAAUCAGCAGCACGGCCUCCUCCGUCCAGGCGGACGCCCACUUCAAAGCCGUUUGCCGCGCCCUCGUCGCCGAAACGCUCGAAUUUUCAGAUUUCCUCGUCAAAGUCUCUUCAGCACCCGAAGAUUGGCGGGAGUUACGAAACAACAAGUCAGAAACGCAUUCACAGGAGCUGACGGAACUCCAUUUGGCCGACUGGGCGAAAUUGUGGGUGCAGGUGAUCCGUCAGCUGCGCAACGGCGUGAAACUGAAAGCGUCCGGCGUCGGCGAGAGUGCCCGCAAGCCCAUCGAAUACGAACUGACGCCCUACGAGAUGAUGAUGGACGACAUCCGAUCCAGGCGCUACAAAUUGCGCCAGGUCAUGGUGGACGGAACGAUUCCGCCCCGCGUCAAGAAAGACGCGCACGCCGUCAUCCUAGAAUUCAUCCGAUCUCGUCCGCCUCUUCGCAAGGCGUCUGAGAGGAAAUUGCGGCCGCUGGCUCGUCGCGUUUCCACUCCGGUCGAGUUGCUCAUGGAAUCGAUCCGUCAACACGAUUCCAAGGAAUUGAGACCCACUCGAUGCCUGCUGGUCAAUCGAACAGAAAAUGUGACGGCGACGAUCUCGACGACAACGAAACGAAAACUAUUGAAAGCCGAUCAUUUGCACGACGAGCUGGAAGAAGACGAAGAUUUGGAACUGCCUCCUCCAUCUCCUCCGCGACGCUACGACUACAUGGUCGACCCUUUUGCCUCCUGUUCCAGGUCCGAGUCGUCCACUCCCUUGAACUCGAAAACGGACGCCAGGAUUCAUCUCCAUCGCGAACGAGACGAAUCGCCGUCGAGGAGGCACAGUCUGACCGUCCUGCCUCCGCCUCUGACGAGGACCGCCAGCAAUCCAUUCCUCAAGAGGCAAUCGAUGAACGCGCAUCUCAAUUCGCACGUGCGACAGGGCGCCGACCCUCGCAUGACGUUGAAUCCGGCCAACUUGUCCAGUGAUCAGCCUGGAUCUCUGCCGUGUUCGGGCCCGUCCUCGUCGACGUCGUCGUCCUCAGCGUCGCUCCAUUCGCCGCCAGGUUCGCCGACCAGCGCCGGCCACCUGCAAGAAGAUUUCGUCCGUUCCAAAGAAUUCCAACAGGUUGUCCAAGGCAAACUGGUCACCUUGGAAGAGCUGGUCCACAUGAGACGGGUCUUGACGGCCGCUUCGCUCGACAACCUGCCUUUAGACUCGUCGAUCAAGGAUGACGUCGUCAACGGAAAGGUUUGUUUCGUCUGUCGAAAAACUCGCUUCUCCGUCUUCGGCUCGUGGUGGCACAAUUGCAAACUGUGCCGGCGGACCGUGUGCACGAAAUGCUGCAUGAAGAUGAGGAUCCCGUCUGACCAGUUCGACACGGUCGACGUGUCGCAAGUGUCGUGGUACGGCGCCAACGCCGCCGACAAACUGGAACAAUCGUCGCCCGUCGUCGUCUCUUCGUCGUCGCUCUUCUCGUCGUUCCAGUUGAAAUUGCCGCAGUUUCGCAUCCGCUCGCCCAACGGCGGCACCACCACCACCACCACCGACGGCUGCGAGAGUUCGGAAUCGACGCCGACGUCGCCAGUGCUCAACCGUCGUGGCUCGGAGCGACGCAAACAGACGCUGGCCCAGCCUCCGCAGAAGUUCCUGCACCAGGCCUUGUCGCGCCACCAAUCUUUAUCGACCAACAACACUCCCGCCAGAAAGCCGGUGUCGGCGCAAGCGUCUGUCUGUACGUCGCAUCAGCCGGCCAAUAAGAGAUCGUCGUCGUCAGGUAGCGACUGCUACGUCUGCAGGGAUUGUCAGACGUUGAUUGAGAAUAUCAUCUACAAUCCUGUUCACACGGUGACCCAUUGUGAACGGCCUUCUAUUCACGUCUCGCUUCCCUGAGCUUUUCGUCUUACUUUUUUUUUUUUUCUUCUUCCAUACAUUCUUCCAAUCCCUAAACAGCUUACACAUACAGUACAUACAUACAUACAUACAUGCAUGCAUACACACACACCUACACACAGAGUACACCUACACAUACACAACAGUUGAUCGAAAUCGAUGGGACGACGACCAAAACAAAAGAAACGAAAAAAAAAAAAAAAAUUCUCUUCCUCAUUCCGGUGCUUUUUCGUUGCGGGAGGGGUUUUCUAACAAAACUUGAUGAAACGAAAAAAAUUGAAAUAUAAAAAAAAAAAAAAAAAAAAAAAGAAAAAAAAAAAAAAAAAAAUCGACAAAAUCAUACAAUUAUAACGCACAGCGCGCGCUAGUCAAGCUCUAAGAAAACAAAAUUCCAACUGUACGACAACAAUUGAUACUUGCAACAUUCUCAACCAAGACGAAGGUACACACUCACAUCAACAAUCACACCACACGAUCAAUGAAAAAAGGCCAACUAUAUGCUGUUCUAACGCCCUUUUUACCUAAACGCAAUGGAACAAAUCUUAUAUUCACAGCUUUUCAAAAAUAACAAAAAGAAGAGAAAAAAAAACAAAACAAAACAAAAAACAUUCUUGUACAAAAUUCGUUGUUGAUUGUAUCCAACCAACAAAGCAUUCCUCUUCUGUUUCUACCCUCGUGUCCUUUACAAACGAAUUAUGCAUCCCCCUACCCCCCGUUUUCUCAUCGAGUGGCUGCCGCUUUUUUUUUUUUUUUUUUUUUUUUGAAGAAAAUUUUAAAUGUCUGCUUUUUUUUUUGGAAUAAAAAAAAAAAAAAAAGGGAAAUGCAUAAAAAGAUAAGAAGAAACAUUUCGGUACGGCAGCUCGGUCCUUACAUUUUUUUUUUUUGUUUGUUUCUUUUUUUUUUUUUUUUUUGUAUGUGUCUCUCCCCCUCCUCUGCAUCAUUCAUCAUGUCUUAAUGUAUAUUUGCGAGCCUCCUAGGAAAUAUACACAC